ACAUUCCGGUUCCUUAAACGGUCUCUUUUUACAUACAAAAACAGUCAGCGUAUUUGUGUUUUGUGAGUCAGCCGCCGAGCAAAAGUCUCAGCGGUCAGUCAGCCGCUGUGUUCCCUGAACGCGUACAUCAGCGUACAUUUACCAUCACUAGACGCUUGUCGAUUACUCCCGAUACUCCCGAUUAGUUAUUCUAUGCUCCCGAUUUUUGACGUCCACUCCGUGCAGCCAAUCCAGGGCCAAUCUCACGCAUUUCUCUCGAAUCUGGCACCACUGUGACAUUUAUUUUUCAUCCAGUAUGUCAAUUCAAUGUCAGAAUGUCAUCUAGUAUUAAAAAUAAUAAUUAUAAUUAUCAAUAAUGUAUGAAUAAUGUUUACAUCUAUGAUUAUAAACAAGCCAUGAAAUGAUAAACGUGGAUAAAUUAUGUAGCUAAUUAUCAUUAAAUUAUUUAAACGAUUAUUUAUUAUAAAUUAGAGUUCUUUAAGAAUGUUAAUAAACCGUAUUAAUAUAAUAGUGACUACUGCUACUAAGCACGCAUUUCGCAAAUCUGUUGCAAACAAGAAUUUUAACUUUCACAAUUUUUUUCCUAGCAUUCGCUGUUUGUCAUUGACUCCUUUGCAGUGGUCUGUUGGGAAAGGCAUGAAUAAAAUGUCUGAUAAACUAACACAAGAAGAUAGAAGUACUAGCUUAGCAACCCUCUUAAGCAAAGGAUGGGUCGUACAAUCUGACAGAGAUGCCAUUUACAAAGAAUUCACCUUUAAGGACUUCAACCAGGCGUUUGGGUUCAUGACAAGAAUUGCCCUUAAAGCUGACAAAAUGGAUCACCACCCUGAAUGGUUCAAUGUGUACAAUAAGGUGAAUAUUACUCUCAGUUCGCAUGAUGUGAAUGGACUAAGUAAAAGAGAUGUAAAAUUGGGAAACUUCAUUGAAGAAGCUGCAGGAACUAAAUAAAAUAUGUUUAUAUUGUUAUUCUAUAUCAAUCCAAAUAUAAAUUUUUAUUAUAGGUAUAUGCUUAUAAAAUAAAAUAUGACAUUUAUCAAGUAAA